UAAUUUGACGGACAUGCUUCUCUCACUGUAUUUUUUUCAAUGCAGGUUACGGUCACACUUCGCUUUUGGUAAAUAAAAUCUUCAGAAACUUAAGAAAACAAUCAACUAUUUGGAAUGACACGCCACGCCCGUAACUGCACGGCAGGAGCCGUCUACACAUACAACGAGAAGAAGCGGGAUGCAGCAGAGUCCGGCUAUGGGACGAACGCCCAGCGGCUGGGCAAGGAUUCCGUAAAGUCCUUCGACUGCUGCUCCCUCACGCUGCAGCCAUGCCGAAGGCCUGUGGUGACCAAGGACGGCUACCUGUUCGACAAGGAGGCCAUUCUGCAGUACAUUGUCACCAAGAAGAACGAGUACAGCCGCCGGCUAAAGGAGUACGAGCGGCUGCGUCGCGCCGAGGAGGAUCAGCUGAACCAGGAGGCCAACACACAGCAGCAGGCGCGCAUGGAUCGUUUUGUGAACGCCGAGAAGCCAGCGAUGACACCCGCUCAUACAGCAGCUAAAAACAGCGAGAAGCCGUCCACGUCUGCCUCUGCCGCCGCUGCGGCAGCAUCCGGCUCCUCCUCCAGUUCCACUUCCAUCUCCAACAUGACCAACGGGCAUGAAAAGAAGCUGCCCAGCUUCUGGCUGCCUUCGGAAUGUCCCAAUGCUGGUUUGGCCAAAGCCAAAAAGCCGGAUCCUGCCAUCUACUGUCCCGUAUCGCAGCAGCCGCUAAGAGUCAAGGAUCUGAUCGAUGUAAAGUUCACGCUGCUCAAGGAUGGCGAUGCCAAGCGCUCGCUGAUUGCCAAGGAGGCGCGCUACAUGUGCCCUAUAACCCACGAUGUGCUCAGCAAUGCUGUGCCCUGUGCCGUGCUGCGUCCCACCGGCGAUGUGGUGACCAUGGAGUGCGUAGAGCGACUGAUUAGGAAGGACAUGAUCCAUCCUCUGACCGAUCGCAAACUCAAGGACAAGGAUAUCAUUCCCCUGCAGCGAGGCGGCACUGGCUAUGCAACCACCAAUGACAAUCUGCAGGCCAAGGAGAAGAGGCCCAUGCUUCAGGUCUAAAAUAUACAUAUAUAAACAUAUAGACACCCAGAAAAUACUUGUUAAGAUGAAAGUUAUGUUUGUAACCCUAAGCGGAAAUGUAACAUCUUAGGUUUCUUUUAACUUUUCAUUUUUUUAGAGUUUUACAUGCAUUUUUAUCCUCCGAGAUAUUCAAAUCAAGUUCUAUAGCUGGUUUUAAGUUACUUUUGUGUUAAAACGUCUUUGCCAAACCCUUAUAUAUUCCUAUUUUAUAAGUCUAAUUUCUUUUUUAUUCGAAUGAAUAACAAAACCACAGUCAGUAAGAAAAUUAAACAGAAUUAAUUUGAA